CCUUUUUAUAAUAUUUUCCCAGAUUAAAGUUCUUAAAGUGCCAUGGUUACUAAAUGAUAGGACAAAACCAGUGAGCUCCCUCAAAUUCACCCAGAAGUUAUGGAUGAACUUCACAGGCGUGCCUUAAGGGCAGAAGCAGCAUUGAGAAAAAAGGAAGAAGAAAAUGCUAUCUUACAGCAGCGACUUAAACACUAUGACACAAGAUGGUCAGAAUAUGAAUUGAAAAUGAAGUCUAUGGAACAGACAUGGCAAAAACAACUGACUAGUUUGCAGUCAACUUUAGCUGCUGCAAGAAAGAGCCUCACUUCUGACAUGGCAAAUCGACCUGGACAGCUGAAUAUGUCAGCAGUUAACAACUGUUAUGACUCCGAAGAUACCAUAUCAACUGUCAACCAAACACCAGAAGACACUCCUGCCAAACAGUCCAUUGGUGCUGAAGAAGUAAGGAGUAAUGAUAGCAAGGAAAUUGCAGUUAUCCACCUUGUAAACGAGUUUGAGCAGCAGCGGCAGGUAUUUGAGGAUGAUGCUGGGUUUAUUGUUGAAGCUAAGUCAGGGCAAUCAAGUUCUAAGAUAAACCCUGAUGAAGAGCUGCAAAAUUUGAAGGCACGUUUUUCUACUUGGAAGAAGGUUUACAAGUUGCGGUUACGGGAGACAAAGGCAUCACUUCAAAAGUUUGGUAAUCCUGAAGAGAAAGCAUCCAAAAAGUGGUGGAGCAUAAGAUAA